AUGGAGGAAAAGACGACUGGAGAGAUUCCGCCCAGGGAAGACACAGUCCUGGCACACCCUGUCCUUGAGCAUCCGGUCCCGGAAACGCAAGACUUUCCUGACGGAGGGAUUCAGGCCUGGUCGACCGUAUUAGGCUCCUUUUGUGGAUUAUUUGUCAGCCUUGGCUGGACGAACUGUGUCGGGAUAUUCCAGUCUUAUUACGAAACUCAUCAACUCAAAGGCCUAUCUCCAAGCCGAAUAUCUUGGAUACCCUCGAUAUCCAUGUUCACUGUUUUCCUGAUGGGACCGUUUGUGGGAAGAGCAUUUGACCAUUGGGGCCCACGAUACCUCCUUCUGCUGGGCUCGUUCCUGCACAUCUUUGGCCUGAUGAUGACGUCCCUCGCGUCAAAGUAUUAUCAGUUCAUUUUAGCUCAAGCCAUAUGCAGCCCCGUUGGUCAAGCUUUGGUCCUUUACCCAUCCUUCGCAAGUGUGGCAACUUGGUUCCGAACGAAGAGGGCUUCAGCGAUGGGCAUCGUGGCAACUGGAUCGAGUCUGGGGGGGGUGAUACUGCCAAUUCUUGUCAAUCGCACCCUUGACAACGUUGGCUUCGGAUGGGCGAUGCGAAUUUGCGCAUUUGUUAUGUUUGGAAUGCUGAUUGUGGUCAAUCUCACCGUCAAAUCGCGACUGCCUCCAGCACCAACCAGUGUCGGAUUGAUGGCUUUCUUUCGACCAUUCGCAGACCCUCCGUUUCUUCUUACAGCACUGGCGGCAUUCUUCUACUCAAUGGGAAUGUUCAUUCCCAUCACAUUCAUGGUGACAUACGGAACAUAUGUGGGGGUGACCCCUAAUCUCGCGGGAUAUCUGGUCUCAAUCUUCAAUGGAGCAAGUGGCAUAGGUCGUGUACUUUCAGGAUUCAUCGCCGAUAUGGCAGGAAAUUUCAACGUUUCCACCUCUGCAGCCUGCCUUUCAGUAAUUUUCACCUUUGCGUUAUGGCUUCCGAGCCACUCGCACGCCACAGCCAUAUUAUAUGCUACGUUGUUCGGGAUGAGUUCUGGCUCGUACACAUCGAUUACUCCUGCUCUUCUGGCCCAGAUUUCCCCGAUUACCGAUAUCGGCUUACGAUCUGGAAUACUCUACGCAUGCACAUCUACUGCUGCGCUGACGGGAAGUCCCAUUGGGGGCGCCUUGAUUCAGGCAGCUGGAGGAAGUUAUUGGAAGCUGCAGAUUUUCACAGGAGUCACGCUUGCUACGGGAACGGCUUUCUAUUUCUCGACCAAGAUGUACUUAGCUGGGGGAAAAUUCUGGCACAAGGUUUAA